CCUCUAAAAUAAUCACAGAACUCCAAAGAGUCAGUGUAAAAGACUAGGGGGUUCAGAGAGACUUUAAGAAGCAGGACAAACACUGAAAUAUUCAAAAAUAUAACAGCAGCAGCAGUUCACCCCUUCCAAGGCUUCAGCUGGAAUGAAAACUGCCUUUCUUUGCAAGUGUGCCAUCUCCUCUCCUCUGUUGUGUGAGCUGAUAAUGCACUAUCAGAGCUAGCAGGACUCUAUAUAGAGGGACUCCCUCUUCCACCCUCACUAAGUCUGAAACGGUCUGCUCUUUCUGAAUCAUCAGAUGGCUUUCAGCUUUGAUGCUUCUCCUUGAUUCGCUGGCAUCAGAAGGAGCUCCCAGAAAUUUACUCUAGAAGGACUUUACCCUUCACCGGUAGGACUGCGCCGUCAAGAGUAAUAAAUAGGAACAAGCACACAGCUGGUUGGCGCACAAAGUAUCCUGCAGUCCUCAAUCUCCAAACUUCGCAGCUCAGCUGCACAGCAUUUCAAUAUAGAAAAAGAGGGACCCACUGUGGUCAGAUGGGAGAUUUUCUAUUUCUUAAUUCUAUCCAUUCUCACUUAUAUUGAUCUUCAUCCUUCCUGUCAACCAGCUUGGCAGUGGAAGAAGUCUGGUUCAGAGUAUGCCCAUUUCUAUCCACCUAUCUGAAAGGUCCCGGGUUGGUGCCCCAGAGCUGUAGUGAGGAAUGAAUGGACCAGCAGAUCCUUCAAGCCUAUUCCUCAACUCCUCCCUGGAAACUUUUGAACGAUGUGGCAAAGAGACCCAUUCAGAGAACAUCCUUUUUGCCACUUUUUAUCUCCUGGAUUUCAUCUUGGCUUUUGUUGGCAAUACUCUGGCUCUUUGGCUCUUCAUCCGGGACCAAAAGUCAGGCACUCCAGCCAAUAUUUUCCUGAUGCAUCUUGCUAUCGCCGACCUGUUUUUUGUGCUGGUUCUACCCACCCGGCUAGUAUAUCACUUUUCUGGCAAUCACUGGCCAUUUGGCGAGAUCCCAUGCAGACUCAUUGGCUUCCUUUUUUAUCUCAAUAUGUAUGCCAGUAUCUACUUCCUCAUGUGCAUCAGCAUUGACCGCUUCCUAGCCAUCGUGCACCCUGUGAAGUCCAUUAAACUCCGCAGGUCACUUUAUGCCCAUUUGGCAUGUGCCUUUCUUUGGGUUAUAGUUGCUGUUGCAAUGAUACCUCUGUUGGUCAGUGUGCAGACAGCUGAGAUGAACAACACGACUGUCUGCCUACAGCUCUACAGAGAGAAGGCAUCACGCCAUGCUCUCGUGUCCUUGGCAGUGGCAUUCACCUUUCCAUUUAUUACUACAGUAACCUGCUACUUAUUGAUUAUCCGUAGCCUGAGGAGUGGGAACAGAGUUGAGAAGCACCUGAAGGAAAAAGCCAUCAAGAUGAUCAUAGCUGUCCUCAUGAUCUUUCUGGUCUGCUUCGUACCCUAUCACAUCAAUCGCUACAUUUACGUUCUCCAUUAUGAUGGCACCAAGACUUCCUGUGAAACCCAGCGAGUCCUGGCACUCAGUAACCGCAUCACUUCCUGCCUUACCAGCCUGAAUGGCGCCCUUGACCCAGUGAUGUAUUUCUUUGUGGCUGAGAAGUUCCGUGAGGCCUUGUGCAGCUUGUUUUGUGGCAAAAGAGCUGCAAUGAUGCCUCCAAGUUAUGAAGGGAAGACAAAUGAGAGCUCAUUAAGUGCUAAAUCUGAAUUGUGAGCAAGUGAUCGUAUUUGUUGUCACUUCCGGGCACAACACAGCCAAGAGACUCUCUAGAGAGUAAAGGCAAGUGACCCCAAGGACAAAGAUGUUAUCCCCAGAGUCAGUAUCAUUCCUGAAAUAUCAAGGAGGAGAGUUCAGUUAUUCUAUGCAGCUACAACCAGCAAUGGCUCAUCUCCCCCAGAAGACAGAUUGUAAUCUCAGUAAAUCACAAGACAUCUGAACAUGAAUGCAACAGCAGCAGCAUCUGUUGCCCAAUCCUGAAGCUGAGGCCUGAAUAUUUAGGGAUGGAGGAAGGAAACAAGAAUAUAAUCAGUCCAUGAUUUCUCCAUCUAAGAGUUUUAUACUCAAGGUUCAUUCAAGCAAAUGUUGGCCACCCUGAGAAACAGAACAACUGGAUUUCAAGGACUAAGGCCUGGUCUACACUGGGGCAGGGAGAGAGGGGAGAAUCGAUCUAAUAUACGCAACUUCAGCUAUGAGAAUAGCAUAGCUGAAGUUGACGUAUCUUAGAUCGAAUUAAAAUUACAUACUUCGCGUCCUCGCAGCACAGGAUCAAUGGCCGCGGCUCCCUGUCAACUUUGCUUCCGCCUCUCACACUGCUGGAGUUCAGCAGUUGAUGGGAGAGCGAUCGGGGAUUG